UAGCAUAAUACAGUCCUUGUCUUAGUUGUCAAGUGUGAUGGAAAGUUAGAGGUGGACUACAUUAGUGUUAUGAAAUAUUUUAGAUUUCGAAAGAAUUGUUUAACGUUUACGUAGAUUUACAGCAUAUUUGGUCUUAAUCUUUGUUUUACAUAGAAUGCAUAAACUUAGAUCUCUGUUUAAAAAAAGGGAGAGAGCCAGUAAAUCAACUUCGCCAAAUCCAUCAGGUAGCCAUAUUGGUUUAACGAAUUUGCCUCCAAAACCGAACGGCCAGAGUUUACCGCCACCAAAUAAAUUGGCGGCCAUACCUCUCUCUACAGAUACGGCUGCAGAAGGUGGACGAUGUGAAGUCAGUUGUUAUUCGUAUUCAAUUAAAAAUAUUAACAUGGAGAAUAGUACUAAAUUACUGUUAAACAGUAUUAAGGACAAGCUUGUUCUUGAAAUCGAGCUGUCCAGUAAACUGAGGAGACUUCUGCAGGUGACCUUGUUAAGUGCGGGAAAUGAAGGAAAUCAAUCUGAUGACGUGUUGUUGGAUCAGUUAGAGAGACUGUUAAAAGAAAGAUUUGACCUUUCUACAACUUUGAUCAAGGAAAUGGAAGAAUUGAUAUUGGUUAUAGAUCAAAGUCUGCAAGUUGAAACUGAUGAUAAGAAAACAAAGUCUGAACAUUGUAAAUAUGAUAGGAGCUCACAAAGUUCUACAUCUGAGAUGUCAAUUUUGCAAGAACAUAUACGGAACAUGGAAGAAACCCAUUGCAGCACCAAUGAAGAACUGCAAGCAACAAUCCAGGAGCUGUCUGACCUUCAAGCACAGCUGGAUGAGACCAGAAAUGAAAGAGAACGUUACAAGGAAGAGAAAAAAAUGUUGCUUGACUCAUUGUGUCGGCAAUCGGAAAGACUCUAUUCGGCAAAAACUGAGAAUAUAAAUUUACAGAAACUGCUGCAUGAAACUGCAGAUGAUAUUAACUUACCAGAGAGGGAAAAAAAGCUCAUAGAACUUCUCAAGAAAGGGCAAGUUGAGAGAGAAUCUCUUCAGAAAGAAAAGGGUGAACUUUUAGUACAAAUGACUGAGUCUCAAAGGGAAAAUGAGACAGCCAAGAAAGAAAACUUGCAGCUUCUAGAACGGAUUAAGGUGCUGGAACAUAUUGUUGAGGAGACACAAUAUGAAAGGAAAGAGAUAGAUGAUGAACUGCGUAAAUUUAAAGAGAAAGCUGCCUUUGGGCAAUCAGAGAUAUACAGACUGACUCAUUUACUACAAAUUGAGUUUAGCAGGGUAGCGGAACUCCAGGCUACUGAACCAAGUACGGGGCAUGACAAUAAAAUGUUUUCCAUGUUGGAAAAUGCUUUAAAAGACAAGGAUUUGGUAGAAAAGAAGCUGGCUUCUGUAGAAGAGAGGCUGGCUAAAAGCACUAAUGAAAUUAUUAAAUUAAAGGAAAAAGUUGCAAAUCUUGAACUUGACCUCCAGGAGUCGCAAAAAAAUGCAGGAUCGACCAGAUCUGCAUUGGAACAAAAUAUAGUGCUACGUAAAGAAGAAAAAAUUAAAGCAGAUGAAGAAAUUCAAUCUCUAAAAUAUAAAGUUAAAGAACUAGAUGAGCUUUACGAAAAAACCGAGAAUGAUCUAACGCAUGCGUUGGAAAAAAUAAGGAAAAUGGAUGUUAUGUUAGAAGACUCCAUCUUAAAAUUAAAAGAUACAGAACAAAAAUAUGUCCAAGAAAAAGAACUUAGACAAUCGGAGACGGCCAGCUGGAAUGAGCUGCAAGGUGAUUUAUUAGUUGCAGUGAGAGUCGCAAAUGAAUUUAAAACUGAUUGCCAAAUUCAGCUUGGCAUAACAGAAGACUACGUGAAAGAUCUAGAACAACAGAUUUGUCUGUUAAAGUCACAAAUCGAAACUGGGAAGGAACCAACUCAAGAUAAACGGCCUACUGAUGACAAGAAACCUAGUGCAAAAGAACUUGGAUUGCACUUAUCAAGAGAACUUCCAGUAAAGAAAACCUACUCCAGACCCUCUACUCAAUGCGUUUCUGUGAAAUCUCUGAUUGAGAGCAUUGAAAAAAAUGCUUCUAAACAAACCAAACCUGCAUGGAUUGAAUCACAAAGUGGUUCUACACUGACAAGUCCUCAACGGGAAACAGCACCUGCACCUCUCCGUGAUUUGCAAGUCACUUCAAAUAAACAAAAAAUUUCUGACAGUAUAGUAGAACCAGAAGACAAGGAAAAGAGUUUUAAACGAAAAAUUUGAUCCACUUGAUAGUUUAACUGCGAAGAAGAGGGGAUCGAAGCGAAAUGCUCUUCUAAAAUGGUGUCAAGUUAAGACUGAAAAUUAUGCAAACAUCGAUAUAACCAACUUUAGCAGCUCCUGGUCUGAUGGGCUGGCCCU